AUGCCAGGUGACUACCUCCAUCUCUCAGAGCUGAGGAUUGUGCUGCUGGGAUACAGAGUAGCUGGGAAGACUUCAUCAGGAAACACCAUCCUGGGCAGAGAGGAGUUUGACCUGAGGACAGCUGCUCAGUGUGUGAAGAAACAGGGAGAAGUAUCAGGGAGGCAGGUCACUGUAGUCGACACUCCAGGCUGGUGGGCUUAUCAACCUGUAGAGAGGACUCCUGAGCUGGUUAAACAGGAGAUUGUGCUCAGUGUUUCUCUGUGUCCCCCAGGACCCCAUACCUUCCUCCUUGUCAUAGAUGUGGAUGACUCAUUCACUGAGGAAUACAGAAGAGCAGUAGAGGAACACAUGGAACUUCUCAGUGAGAAAGUCUGGAGUCAUACAAUAGUGCUGUUCACCCAUGGGGACUUUCUAGGAGACACAACCAUUGAGCAGCAUAUUGAGAGACAAGGGGAGGCCCUCCAGUGGCUUGUUGAGAAAUGUGGAAACAGGUAUCACGUCUUCAACAAUAAAAACAGGGGUGACGGCAUGCAGAUCACAGAGCUGCUGAAUAACAUAGAGGAGACGGUGGCAGGAAACAGAGGAGGACGUUAUGAGAUAAAGGGAGAGAUACUACUGGAGAUAGAAGAGAAAAGGAAAGCAGAGGACGAGAGAGCAAAACAGAGACUGAUGAAGGUUCAGGAACAGAGAAAGACCCUCAGAUCGCUAAUGGGUGAGAUUAUUUAAUUUUUAUAUUUUUUUUGUCUCUGCUCAGGGUCUUUGAAUUAUUCUACUGAUGGCAUCUGGUAGACACCAGGUACAGUGACCUAAGUUAUAAUACAGUAUGGGGUUACUAAAGCUACAGUCUGCGAUUGGUAGCUUAUUGCAGUUUUACUAAGUCAAAACUGUUCUCAGGGCAGAUCUGCUCUAAGGGCAAAAUUAAUUUGAUUGGGUUUUGAAACGUUCAGAAUAGCUCCUACAUUAUACAAUGCAUU